AUGUACUCACCUAAAGUGGGCGACAGCCUCGAUGACCUCGAUACUCCUUCCAUGAUUGUCGACCUUGAUGUCAUGGAAGCCAACAUCAAGAAGCUCAUGGAUCGACUCCUUCCGACUGGGCGAAACAUUCGGCCGCAUUUGAAGACCACCAAAAGCGCUAUCCUUGCACAGAAGCUUGUCGCUGCUGGGGCGAAAGGUGGAUGUGUGGCCAAGAUGAGUGAAGCUGAAGCCAUCGCUGCAGCCGGGUUCACAGACCUCCUCAUCACUUGUGAGAUUGUUGGACCGACCAAGGUUCGAAGAUUGGUGGAACUUUUUAGAAAAUAUCGGGGUCUCAGGAUAGUUGUGGACGAUACAGAUGCUGCCACAGCGAUUGACGACGCGUUGGCAAAGUCAGGUAUUGAGGACCCUAUAUCUGUGCUAAUUGAUUUGGAUGUCGGGCUGCAUCGAACUGGUGUCAAGCCCGAAGGAGCUCCCACUCUGGCGCAUCAUAUUGCGACUCUUAAGCACCUGCGUCUUAUCGGCCUGCAAGGCUAUGAGGGUCAUCUGCAACAUCUUCACGACUUUGAGGAUCGAAAGAAGCAGUGCCUCGAAUCAAUGAGGAUACUCACAGAGACUGCCAAAGCCCUACAGGGAGAGGGUUUCGAUAUUGGAGUUGUCACGACUGGAGGCACCGGCACGGCCGAUUUCUGUGCGACGGUACCAGGCGUGACAGAGCUGCAACCUGGGUCAUUUAUCUUUAUGGAUGCAGACUACCGCAAUGCCAUAGGGACAUAUUAUUCACACAGCCUGUCACUUCUCGCGACUGUUGUGAGUAAGCAGGGAGAAAGACAGGUUACGAUCGACACGGGUCUCAAGUCUUUGACAACCGAUAGUGGUCUUUCUGAAUGCAAAGAUCAAAGAUACAGAUACAACCAGUUGGGCGAUGAGCAUGGCUCGUUGAGCUGGGAAGAAGGAACGCCGUCACUUAAGGUAGGCGACAGGGUAGAGAUGAUCCCUAGCCAUAUUGAUCCGACUGUCAAUUUGCACGACUACUACUACGCUCACCGAAAAGGGAUUAUUGAGGAGAUAUGGCCUGUUGACUCUAGAGGGAAGGUUCAGUAA